AUGGUGACCGUUGGAGCAACACAGCUGUGCUGGGCCAUCCUGGGCUUCCUUCUACUCCAAGGCCACAACUGCCAGCCCACGACAACCCAGACCUCUAGCUCUCAGGGAGCCUUCAGCAAUCUAAGUCUGACCAUAGAGCCAACUUCUCCCAACACGGGCACAGGUGCCCCACGCAGCAGCAGCAGCAGGAGCAGUGGCAGCCCAAGUGGAGACACAUUCCAAAAUAUUACCCCGGAAUCAACCACCAUGAGCCUGAGGACAGGGGGAUACUUGACCAUCCUGCCUAGUCCCACAUCAGAGUCGGUGCUCACCGUGGCUGCAUUUGGUGUUAUUAGCUUCAUUGUCAUCCUGGUGGUUGUGGUGAUCAUCCUAGUCAGUGUGGUCAGUCUAAGGUUUAAGUGUCGGAAAAACAAGGAGUCUGAAGAUCCCCAGAAACCAGGCAGUUCAGGAAUAUCUGAAAGCUGCUCCACAGCCAAUGGCGAGAAAGACAGCAUCACCCUCAUCUCCAUGAAGAAUAUCAACACGAAUAACAGCAAAGAAUGCUCCUCAGCAGAGAAGGUUCUGUAA